AUGGAACCCAACGAUAGCAGCACGAGAGAUUGUUCAACAAUAUAUCGUUUUCAAUUUGCAAGUAUAGCUUUUCUAUGUAGUGUUUAUCUUCCGUUUACAUUUCAUUCAAAUAUAUGGUCACUUUAUACGCAACCAUUUUCGCCGGUUAAUUGUUCUCUGGAUAAAAGUUCAUUCUUAUCUGGGUCAACAGCAAACGUUCCGACGAAAUUAACUCCGCCAUUGUUUUCUAAAAAUCAAAAUCGUUCCGGAUGUUGUCCGUGCAGAGAUUUUCUUAAUGGAAAUGUUAACGAUAAACGUUUAUGGUUACUUUGUCAAUCAUGGAUAGCAAAUAAACAUGAAUUAGAAGAACGAAAAGCAACUAUCAUCGAAGAAUGGCAUUUAGCUUGUGGAGAAGAAAAUCAGAGAAGUCUAUUGAUCGGGUCAAUUUCAUUUUUAAUCGCUGAAAUAAUCGGUGUUAUUAUAAUUGGCAUUCUAGCUGAUCAAUAUGGAAGAAAACUAAUGCUUCUCAUGUGCCUUUAUAUACCGGUGAUAUUCGGCUCUUUAUCUGCUUUUACUACUACGUAUUCUCUAUUUCUUAUCCUACGUUGGCCUGUUGGCUUUUUGAAUAGAGGUCUUCUCUUAUUGGGUUUUGUAAUGGUCAUUGAAUCAUGUGAAUAUAAACAUCGAGCGCAAAUUGGUUGUCUUCUUCUUGCUUCUAUACCUGCUUUUGGUAUUAUCAUUGGUGUUACUUAUUUUUUUCUACUAGAUUGGCGUCAUAUGCAAUUAUUGGGUUCAUUGAUUACAACUUUAACUCUUUGCUAUCCAUGGUUAAUACCGGAAUCCCGUCGAUGGUACGUGAAUAGUCAUCGUAUAUCACGUGUCAAUAAACUUCUGCAAUUGUGUUCGAACAAACAAGGGCCAACAUUAAGUUUAAAUAAUAAAAUUGGUUCACCGGCACCAACAACUAUGAUUUAUGAUAAACCGAUUUUAUCACCAAAUACACUUCGUGUUCAAGCAAGUUCAACAUCAAGUCUAUUAAUUGAUCAGCAACUUCGUACAAUUACUUGUUGUUUAUUUAUACUUUGGUUUCUUGCAUCGUUCUGCUAUCGAUGCGUUUUUUUUCCGAUACUUGUUUCACAUCCAACGAUAAAUUAUGUUUUAAUGAAUGCAACUGAAUUUUUCUCAUUUAUUAUUGCACUUCUAGUUGCUUAUAAAAUUGGUCGUAGAGCUCCAUUAGCUGUACUUAUUUUAAUCAGCGGUCUCUCUUCUGUUUCAUUAGCGAUAUCACUACUCGGCACAGGACAUAUGUGGCUUGAAAUAACACUAUCGAUUGUUGCUCGUGUUUGUUUACGAACUUGCUAUUGUCUUUUAAUUUUAUUUACAACAGAACUUUAUCCAACAUCUGUUCGAGCAACUGGCUUGGCUAUUGGACUUGCUAGCGAUAUUAUAGCAAGAAUUGUAGUUGAAGAACUUCUUUUUUUAACCAUUGAUCGAUUAUUACUUCUAUUUAUAUCUGGCGGUAUAUUAUGUCUUAGUUGUUGUUUGAUACUUCCAUUACCGGAAACGAUACUCUAUGAUAUUCCGGAUUCAAUUUCUGAUCUUCAAUCAAUGAAAUGUUCACCGGGAAAUGAUGAUGAGAAUAAAAUAUCGCCCCAGGCUACUUCUCAUUAUCACAUGACCGAAUCAAGCCCACGUAAACUUCCUCGCAUAUCAGAGUCAAGUACAAUAACAUCGGAUCUUAAUGAUAUAUCGCCAUUGAAUCCUAAAACAAUAAUAAAAUCUCAACAGCAAGGCGACGGCGAUGAAAAAAGUCAAACGAUUCGUUUUCAACCGGAAACAAUUCAGUUACAUUCAAAUACAUCAACAAUAAAAGGCUUAUCUAAUCCAUGCUAUUUUUCAUUAGUAAAUGAUACAAUCGAUACAUAUGAUAUUGAACAACAGGCAAAUAAUCGAGUGGUGAUUAGUAUUCGAGGUUUACAAAAUAACAAUAAUAAUAACGAGGAAGAAAGGGAAGUUACGAAGUUUUAA